AUGCUGGGCGGGCUGUUGUUUUGGCUGGGCUUGUUGCCCCUCGGUGCGUUGGCGGUGCUGGAUACCAACCUGGGAAACCAGACAAUUGAACGGACAAUAUCUCUCCGAACACAUUCGAUAUACGCCCCAUACAUCGACCAAGACUUGCAAAAUCGAUGGUGGGACUUCGGUGCAGACGCAUACGUCAACACGAACAAGCAUGUCCGCCUCACCCGUAAUCGGCCGUCACAAAUGGGAUGGCUAUGGUCCCGCAUCCCGUUGACAGCGCAGAACUGGAUCAUCGAGGUUGAGUUCAAGAUCCACGGCGACACGGCGCAUUUGUACGGAGAUGGUCUCGCAAUGUGGUUGACGACUACGAGGACACAGCCUGGACCUGUGUUUGGUAGCGUAGAUAACUUUGAGGGCCUUGGGAUAUUCCUCGAUACUUAUGCUAACACUCGCCAUUCAUACUCCUUCCCGCGUAUCGUCGGGAUGCUCGGCGACGGCAAGACGCCAUACGACCAAGCGGGGGAUGGUCAGAAAGAUAGCCUUGGUGGUUGCUCGGCCAACCUUCGCCGCACAAACGUGGCUACAAAGCUGCGGGUGUCGUAUGUGAAGGACAAGCUGCUCAGCGUCAAGGCACAGUACAGAGCAUGGGACGAUUGGGUUGAAUGCUUCACCAUCCGCGACAUUAGUCUGCCAAGUGCGCCCUACCUCGGCUUCUCCGCCAUGACGGGCGACGUCUCAGACAACCAUGACAUCAUCAGUGUGACCACGUACUCCGCCAUCCUCUCCAGCCCAGAGAAGCAGCGCAACAAGCUCCUAGGCACAGAAUCUGUUGUUGCGUCAACCUUCCUCUGGACGCUCCUGAAAAUUGUUGGCGUGCUCGCGGUUCUUGCGGGAUUGUUCUACGCGUACAAGACAUAUGUGCUCAAGCAGUCGGUCGGACGGGGCUUCAGCGACGCGUUCAUGGGGCGUGGUGGAGGAGGCAUGAGUGCGUUUUAUACUGAUGCAAAACGCUUCUGA